AUGUCUGGUCGUGGAAAAGGGGGAAAAGCAAAAGCAAAAGCAAAAUCUCGUUCGAAUAGAGCUGGAUUACAAUUUCCAGUUGGACGUAUUCAUCGACUUUUAAGAAAAGGAAAUUACGCAGAACGAGUUGGCGCUGGUGCUCCUGUUUAUUUAGCUGCUGUUAUGGAAUACUUAGCCGCUGAAGUUCUGGAAUUGGCGGGAAAUGCUGCACGAGAUAACAAGAAAACAAGAAUUAUCCCAAGACAUUUACAACUUGCAAUCCGCAAUGAUGAAGAAUUGAACAAGCUUUUGUCUGGUGUUACUAUUGCUCAAGGAGGAGUUCUUCCUAAUAUUCAAGCUGUACUUUUACCAAAAAAAACAGAAAAAAAGGCUUAAAUUUUAAGUCAAAUAACAAAAUGGCCCUUUUCAGGGCCACAAAUUCUUAUCCACAAAGGAACAUUUUGGUUUCAUAAAAAUAAUUAAUAUUUUAAUGAAUAUUUUAACAAAGAUUUUUCGCAAUUUAUCAUGAUUUUUUAUUUAUAUUACUAAUAAGAUAAGCUUCAAAUUCAUUUUUAAGUAAAUCUUUUUAAUUUUUAAAUCUUUUAAGAAAUUAAAAAAUUAAUUUCAUUAAUUAAAUUCAUUAAUAUUUUAAUUUACAUUUUAUUUUAUAAUAGUUAUUGAUUAAACAAUUGUUAUUUUAAUAAUUUUGAAGAUUAAUAAUCUAUUAAUGCAUUACUUUUUACUAUAACAAAACUUUAUCAUAUAUUAAAUUAUUAAUUAAAAUUAAAUAAAAGUUCGUGAUGAGUUCUAUAAUUAUCAGGAAAUAAUUUUUUUUAUAACUUUUUAUUUAAAGAAUUUUUGAAUUUUUAGAAUAACUAAUAUUUUGAUUUUUUAAUUUAAAAUUUGACUUAAAUAUUAAAUAUUAAAUAUUUUAUUAUUGAUAUCUAUUAAAUAUAUUUAUAAUGAACAUUACAUAAAUUUAUAAUAUACUGAAAUUUGUCAUAACAUGUUAUAUAGAUUAAAUAUUUUACAAUAGAUAUUAUUUAAGUAAAUUUAAAUUAAUUAUAAAUAACUAUUGUAUUAUAUUGUAAUUUUUUACAAAUUUAAUAAUAAAUAUGUAAAUAAAUAUAUUUAAAUAGAAAUAAAUAGAAAAUUAUAUAUAUAA